AGUCGGUAGGGGUCGACGGAAGAUUGGAAAUGACCAGUUCGAUUGGGAUUUUGGAGGACAAUUAACAAAAGCUUCUUCGAAAUUCCACUCUUGGGAUUUAGCUUCUUUGAUUUCUGGUUAGGGUUUAUUUUUGAGGUUCGUGGAUCGAUCUCUUGCUCGAUUUCUCGCUCGCUCGACAGAGUCACCCGCCAUCGGGUAGAUUCGAGCUCGGGAAAUCCAUGGAUUCUUCGCCGGGUUCGGGCCGAUUCGAUAUCUUCGAGAUAUACCGGCGAUUUUGCGACAUUAGAUCAGGGAAGGGAAACAUAACUGGUCAACAAGACUAUAAACCCGGCGAGGAAUCACAUAAAGCUAACUAUUCUAAGGAAGCACUAACUCAGCUCUUGAAUCAGGUCGAGACAAAAUUUCAAGCAAGGUUCUCCAUUUUUGACGAAUUAUUUAAGUUGAUGUCACGUCUGGACUUAAUGGUGGAUUUUUCUGAGUUUUCCCGUGUCUAUGAUUUUGUUUUCUUCAUGUGCCGUGAAAAAGGACAGAAGAAUAUAACUGUGAGUAGGGCAGUUACUGCGUGGAAACUGGUUUUGGCUGGGAGAUUUCGGUUGCUUAACCAGUGGUGUGACUUUAUCGAGAGAAAUCAGAGGCACAAUAUAUCUGAAGAUACUUGGCAACAAGUAUUGGCAUUCAGCCGUUGCGUACACGAGAAUCUUGAAGGAUAUGACCCGGAAGGUGCUUGGCCUGUCCUCAUUGAUGAGUUUGUCGAGCAUAUGUACAGCAUCUUCGGGUCCAAAACCAACAGUGGCGUUGUCUGCAAUUGCAGCGAAGAGUCUCAUUCGUGGCGAUACGAAGAAUCUCUUCCUGGUUUAAGAAACAUCCCGGGUCUGAAACGAAAAGCGACAGAGGAAGAAGAAGGAGAAGAAGACAUGGAGCUGUCAGAAACCCUAAACUCGUCGCCAUACUCGAAAAGAAUCAGACCUACAAACAGCCCGAGUUGUUCGUCAAAGUCUCAGUGUAUCGUUGACCAUUGUCUCUCGAAAGGGUUCGAGGAGCUUUUAACGACAACUAGUUCUUGUUUGCAGAUUGGUCGGAAACACAGAUCUUCUUCAUAUACGUGAGAAAGAGAGAGAGAGAGAGAAAUCCAAGAAUUUUUUUUUUUAAUCAUCUCAUUAGAUUCUUCUUUUUUCCCUUUUUAACCUCCCCCAGUGUAGUCUUUUGAGUGUCUCGCUUGUUGUCCGAGAAGAUAUUUGUGUCCCUUCAUCACAAAAUUCACAAGCAUUUGUGUGUGUGUGUAUGUAAAUUUUUUUUUAUAUCAUUUGUCUAAAAUAAAUAAAUCUAUUAGUUCA